CCGCACAGUUCAGUUCAGCAGCAGCAGCGCACUCUCGCAGUAGGGCACCGCACAGCGCAGUGAAGCCGGGGGAGCUAGACAGACACAGAAGACUAACAGGUGAUGAGGAGGGGCUGUGGGGGCUUGAAGAAUUAGCGAGAAAGAGGGAGCAACACGCCAUUCAUUCGAAAAGCCCGUAGAAAGGUGAGAAAAAGAGUGACAUUAAGUUACAGAGAGGCUCCGGUGUUAGCCAGCUAACCUACCUGCACUGUUCCCUCUUCACUGGAAUGAGAUAAGUUAGGUUUGAGGGAAAAGAGUGAGAAUCUGUAGAGAAAGGGGGAAAAGACGAGUUGACUUGGUUCAGCGGUUCGUUUCAGAGAGAGAGCGUCUGUGAGGAGGACUGUAGAGACUGUAAACAUGCCGUGUUUCGCGCCUCUCUGCGUCUCCGCGUGGCUGCUGCUGCUCGCGCUCCCCGUCAGGACGAGCGCGCUGAACGAGAGCGUAGACGUGCUCGUGCUGCUGCCUCACAACGACUCGUACAUCUUCUCCAUCUCCAGAGUGUCUCCUGCGCUCGAGUACGCGCGGCGGCGGCUCUCCGCGGGGCCCUUCGCCGGCGUCAACUUCACCCUCCGCUACGUCAACUCCAACUGCGGGAUGGAGGCGCUGUUCGCGCUCGUGGACGUCGCGCGGGACGAGCGGCCCGACCUGAUAAUGGGUCCCGUGUGCGAGUACGCCGCUGCGCCGGUGGUGCGCGUGGCCUCGCACUGGAACAUCCCGGUGAUCUCGGCGGGCGCGCUGGCGUCCGGCUUCAGCAGCAAGCAGCCCGAGUACGCGCUGCUCACGCGCAUCGCGCCCAGCUACCUGAAGAUGGCGGAGACGUUCGCCGCGAUGUUCGCGCACUUCGGCUGGACAGACGCGCACCUGAUCUACCACGACGACAAGGAGGAGAGGAACUGCUACUUCACCAUGGAGGGGGUCCACAUCCUGCUGGACGGCCAGUACGACACCGCCGCCUUCGCCGUGGACCCCAAAGACUCGGCGGCGCACUUCGACGAGAUCUUCAAGAUCAUGCUCAGCUACCAAGUGGUGAUCAUGUGCCUCCAUGCAGAUGUCGUACGAGAUGUCAUGUUAAAGGCCCAUCGGCGAGGAUUAACCAACAGCAACAGACUCUUUUUCAACAUUGAGCUAUUCAACUCCUCGUCCUAUGGGGAUGGAUCUUGGAGGAGAGGAGACAAGUAUGACAAUGAGGCCAAGGCAGCCUAUGCUUUUCUGAACACAGUGACACUAAUGAGGUCUACCAAGCCUGAGUUUGUGGAUUUCUCUUUAGAGAUGAGAAAGUCCCAACAGAAGACAGGUGUGGAUGAUUGUGAAGGCUGCAAUGAUAUCAACAUGUUUAUGGAAGGAUUCCAUGAUGCUUUACUGCUGUAUGCGCUGGCCUUAGACGAAGCAAUCAAAAGCGGUCACUCUAAGAAGAAUGGGAGGGAGAUCUCGCAUAGAAUGUGGAACAGAACAUUUGAAGGCAUUGCUGGCCAGGUGUCUAUGGAUGCCAAUGGUGACAGAAAUGGAGAUUUCUCUGUGAUGAGCAUGACAAACCAGGAAACUGGAACCUAUGAGACUGUCCUGAACUACUUUGGCACUAAUGGAAGUUUCCAGAUCAUGCCAGGCUUCAACAGUGAACGGUUCAUUCUGCGAGGUGCACCCAAGCCUCCAACCCCAGAACACACAAACAAAUCAUCAGGUGGACUAGGUUUAUCAGCAGCGACUGGGAUCAUAGUUGGAGGGCUUCUUGGAACAGCACUACUUUUGGGAUUCUACUUUUUUAGAAAGAAUUACAGGAUAACCAUUGAAAGGAGGACACGACGGGAACCGUGUGACGGAAAGCAUCGUCAGUUACGAGAGGACUCCAUCAGAUCCAACUUCUCAGCAGCGUAGGGUUUGCCAGACAGACCGACAGACGCAAGUGGCAGUGCAGGUCUAGGGAAGCGGUGUGUCAGAUGGGUCCAAAGACUAAAACACCGUCCCAGGAGUCCUGAAAUAUUUAAAAGACAUACUGUAGUGUUUUUAUCUUGUAAAUGUCUCUUGUUCUUGACUUUCGUAAACUCAGGAAAGUUGUAUUAAUUAAGGAGAGCUGCUUCUAAGGCUUUUUGGGGGGAGGGGGGAAGGAAAGGUCUGUUUUUGUUCAACUACAGGCCUUGUGCUUUUUCAACAAGCUAGCCUUGAAAAGGAAUUUGUAAAAGGCCCCUUAUUUGUACAGGCUAGUCAACUGAAACCUGUUCCGUUUGGAUCAGUACAGACUGGCAACAAUGACUUUAGGGGGUAUAUCAGUGAUUCUGAAGAAUGGAGAGGAAGUGGUUUGUCGAAGAUGGAAUGUUUUCCUUCUCAUGCCUCAUUAAACUAAACGUGAGGGGUGAGAAUUCUGCUUUUAUUUUGGGGUUUGGUGUAGUUUUUGACAGGAGGAUCUGAUCUACACAGAAAAUGGUGUGAACCAUAAGAGGGGAUGAUAUAAAGCUUCUAUGUCAGAUUACAAGCUCCAAAACUGAUACAUUCAAUGUUAUUGGGCAAUGAGAUCAAUUGUACAUCUCAGAGAUGCAGGCUAUGCAAGCCCAAAAUCAAAUUAGAGGCCAGUCUGUACAUUGAUAUACCUAUUGUUGUUGUUAUAGGUGUAGAGGAUCUUAAAGGAAAAUAUGGAUAUGAUUAAUAACAUAAUUUUCUCAUCAAAAAUGUUUUUUGGAAAAAAGCUAUGUUUAUAAGUAGAAUUUAUAUUGCACAUGUACAUUUUUGAAAAAAUCAAAUCAUAUCUGUAUCUAAAUUUCCUAUGUCAGAAAAUGCUCAUUAAUACUCUAUCAGUUUAAUUCUGUAUUAAAAAUAUAUAUAUCUAUAUUUUCCAUGUGUCAAUUUUAGGUGUUAAAAUGUGAGAUGCCACAUUUAAAGCUGUCUUUAAGGUUUGUGCGAACACAUUCUAGGAUUUUAUUCAAAGAUUAGUGUGAUGGCAAAUGUGUACUGAUGUAAGUAAAUGUAUCUACAUAAGAUGUGAUGUUAUUUAUUGAGUUUUUUUUUGUAGAACUUUCAGUUUUGUUAGUGUUGAUUUUAAUAUUGUUUUUAUUCCUUGUGUGGAACAUACAGAAUCCUUUUUUAAAGAAAACAAGUUUCUGCCUUUCCAGAGCGUAUUUUGCUUGAUCAUUGUGUACAUGGCUUUGUAAACAAACCCAGGCAGAGUUAUUUAUAUUACCAGUACAUAUUGACCAAUAAACAAAAUCAAAUGA